UUUUCAGCAGAUAUGGCAACUCGCAAAAUUAAUGUGCAGAAGUUUGCAGAAUCUAGAGCCUAUGAGCUUGAGAGUCUUCAAUCUGUUAUAGCUGACAGAGUAAAGGGUGGUUAUAGGAGUCAGAAACAAGAGAAGACGAACAAGUUCUUUUAAUAGCAAAGCUGGGACAAGAAGAAAGAGGCAAAAGCUGGGAACAGGACAUAAUAAAACUUGUGGUGUUGAAUUACUUUUAGGAAAGGAUGAGAUAAAGAAGCUUCCAAGUCGGCGCAUGCGCCGGAGAUAUGAACUUAAGAUGAACUUUGAUAGUGGGUUUUCUACUUCUGGCGAUGGAAUCAAGAGGCUCAGAACUCAUGUUUGGCAUACUAAGCGGUAUACCAUGACAAAACUCUGGGGCUACUACCUUCCUCUAGCACUUCAAGGAAGUUUGUUAAGGAAUUGGAGUUUUGGGAACCUAUUUCCUUACAUACAAGGUUCGUGUCCAUAUUUUCCAGAGGAAAAGGUUCAAGGGCAGUCCUGAAAAGGCUCAAACGAGGGGUGGUUGUGCAUGAUGCAAGCUAUUACACUGCUGUCCAAGUGGAAGGUCCUGAGGAAUCAUUAGCUUCUAUCUUCUCAAGAUUUGGAUGAAUCAGUAUGGGGUACCACUUGUGGAAUGGCAAUGCUAUAUCAAGUCGAAGUACCAGUUUCUCAGCCAAUUGGCCCUGUGACCUAUAUGUGGCGGCCAACAUUCCAACAAAAUAUUAGUAGAGAGCAUGAUAUCAGUGAUUAAUUAAUGAAACAUGAUGUUGAUUCAGCUGAAAGCCCAGAUAGAAUGAAACACGGUGCUUCAUUUAGACAGCUUUGGGUGUGGAUACAUGCUUCUGCCUUUGAAGAAGGAUAUGAUAGUCUAAAAUUUGCAUGUCAGAAAGAGAUGGAAAAGACAGGCAUCUCAAUUAAUUGCUUUUCGCUUGAGGGUGAACUUGCAAAGUUGGAGGUAAUCGGAUCAGGAGCGAUUCAAAUUCUUCAAAAGAUGUUGCAUCCUGUUACAAGUAUUUCAGAUAAUCAUCGUCUACGGGAACAUGUGCCUACACAAGACAGCGUUUCUCAGAAGACAAGUUCAUCCAUAUCAGACAAUAAGGAUAAGUUUUCUUCUGUUGCAAUUUUGUCACUUAAUGUUAAGGAUCCUCGACAAUUGUGUGGGAAAGGAACCAUUUCAUCAGUGGAGCCAAGUUCUGCUGAGGUAGUUAAUGGCGCACAAGAAACUAUUCAUGAAGAGUUGGAGAAGACUAGUGAAUUGGCUUCAUCCACAUGGUCCAAAAUAGAAAACAAGCAGUAUCAUAAUAAUGAUCUCUGGUAUGCUAAAUCUAGACGGUUGAGGACCCCAUUGGCAGAGAGUGUGAUUUGUAAUGAGAAACACCACAAACGUUUGACACAUUACUGCCUGGAUGAUGUAGAUUCCAGGGAGGCAAACUCUUUGACAGAGGAGCAAUGCUCAAGAUCUUGCCCUAUUUUGCUUGUAAAACAUAAUAGGAAGGAAUUAUUUAGAGGGUGUUCUAUCACACUUCCCUUAAGUUGGGUAAAGGCCUUCUGGAUUCCACUCAUCUCCUAUGGAGCACAUGCAAUCGAUUUGCAAGAGAUGCAUUGGAUUGCACAUGAAAUGGGAUUGCCAGCUUUCCCUUCUGAUUUCCCAGAUUGUAAGGCAUACUCAUGCUGCAUGUCAGCUAAAGCUGCUGCAUUUGAUAAAAAAGCCAAGUUACAUCCUCCAUCCAAAAGGCCUAUGAGAGUUCCCAUCUUGCCUCCAUGGGGUUCUGUGCUGACUAAUUUCCUUAAUGAAACCAAAGGUGGCCAAUUGUCAUUGUUUCCAUAUGCUGCGGAUGGAGAUGAGAAAAUCACCAAGUUUAUAAAGGGUGAAGUAAACAUUAAUCCGAGCUGCCAAAACUCUUUCUGACCAUAGGUUAUGUUUUCUAAGAGUUCAUCUUCGCCCUUUCAAGAAAGGCCUUUUUGAAGAGGGAGCAGUUAUUUGUGCACCACACCCAUCUGAUACAUAUUUAUUGACUUCAUGCAUUGAGAAAAGUGAAGGAUUUCAACUGCCACAAUCUGCUUUAGAAUCAUACUUCAAAGAGGAGCAUUCCUUCAAAAGAUGGGAAAUGCAUGUACCAGAUGAUUCAAAUGCUAAAGAGUAUCAUCGGUGGCCUAUCGGUUUUGUCAC